AUGAUUGAUAAAUCAUCAUUAUAAAGCUCAAAUUCAAAUUUGCAUAACUGUGAAAAGCUCGAUCUAACAAAUUUAAAAGGUAAAAGUGAGAAGGAAAUAAUAUAUGUAUAAGCUUAUGAGCUUAAUUCUAUUUAGAAUGGGUCUGAUUUGCUUGGCUUAAAGAUAACAAGUCAAAAUGUUGAUAAUAGCUUAGAUAUUAAAAAUUGUUAAAUUUUAGAGGAUUCAUCAAAAUAUUAAAAGAUUAGUAAUAACUAAAGUGAAUCUUAAUCCCAGAAUAUUAGCAAUUCUUUUAGAAGAAGAAAUGGAUAAUCUGCUUUACUUUCACCCAUUUCUAAUAAAGCGAGGUGCUAAUAAGACCUUAAAAAGAGUUAUCUGUUUUAAUUAAAUAAAUAGGCUUUGAACAACAAUAAUAAUAUAAAUAAAAAUGGAAAUUUAGGUGUGAUUUUCAAAUUUGACAUCAAGCACUUAUAAAGAGUAAGGAAGUAGAUAAAAUAUUUUUAUGAUUUGUUUACUCAGAGCGGAAGAAUAUUUUAUUUUGAGCAAAAAAAGAUAAGAAAUAGAAUUAAUGAUAAAUGUGAUGCAUUUGAGGAUAAAAGCAAUAAAUUUUUAAAAUUGUUGUACAUACUUAAUUAAAAUUUACCUUUUCUUUCAUCAAUAAUGAAAGUCCUCUCAUCUAUCCCUUUAAUUGAUCCGGAUGGGAUCUCAAAUUUCAUAUUUACUUUUAUCUUUUGUACUUAUAACACAUUAUUUUAUAUAUUUUAUACGCUCUUUGGAAUAUUUAAAGCUCCUGAGAACAUAUGUAUUGUGUUAGAUUAUGUCACUAUUAUAUUUUGGAUAGCUGAGAUUUUAGUUAAGCUCAACACUAGCAUACUUAUUAAUAAGCAGACUAUAAGUAACAAGAGAAAAGAAAUCUUUUUGAAAUACUUUAAAUAGCGAUUCUUCUUUGACAUUGUUCCUCUUUUAAUGAUUGGAGUUAUUUAAUAGUAGAAAUAUGAGGUUUAGCUUUUUUUGAGGUUAAUUAUCUGCAUAAAGUUUAAAAAUCAAUUUAAAGACGCUGAAAUGAUUUAAAAAUUCUUUGUGAUGACAUUCUAAAACUACUACGUCAUAUAACUAGUCAAUUUAAUUAUUAAGCUGUUUUUAAUAGGUCACACAAUUGCUUAUUUCUACUACAUAAUAGGUCUAGUAGAAUUAGAGUACUUAGGAGAACCAUAAACAUGGUUUGGAGAUAGUGUUUCUAAUGAUUUGGUAUGGUGGAAGCUAUAUUUAGAGGCUUUAUUUUGGUCUUUAACUCUGAUGAUAACAGGCUCAAAUACAGCAACUACUGCAUUUCAAUAAUUUUAUGCCACAUUUAUUAUGCUUUUUACAUCUAUUGUAUUUGGGUAUAUUUUGAAUGUGAUUGGAGUUAUUCUUGAAGAAAUCGAUGAAAAAAAUGAAAAGAAGAGAAAAGAUUUGAAUGUAAUAAAUGAGUAUAUGAGACAAAAAAAAAUAUCAAAGAAUCUUUAGAAAAAAGUUAAUAAUAAUAUUGAAUAUUACUAUGAAAAGAAUUUAAAGAAAAUUGAUGAAGAAACUGGUUUAGUAUUAAGCAAAAUAUCAAAAGAAUUAAAUGACUAACUUUUUGAAGAAUACAGCAAAUAAAUCAUAUCUCGAAUUCCUCUUUUAAAAAAUAACUUUUCUGAAGAAGCUCUCAGUGAAAUAAGAUAUUCUUUUGAAAAAGCUUUCUAUCUCCCUAAUUAAAUGAUUCAUAUCCAAAAUAGUGACCAUUCAAAUGAUCUUCUAUUUAUUGUGGAAGGAUAAGGGUUCAGUAGAGAUUAUUGUAUAAAAUCAUUGGGUUUUACCAAAAUUAUUAAAAUAAAAAGAGAUGAAUUCAUCAAUUAUUUAAGGAAAUACGAAAAAGAUUUUGAAACAUUUAAUUAAAUAAAAGAUAAAUUUAUUUAUGAUAGCAAUUUUGUAGAUAUUGGACAUUAAUGCCAUUACUGUAAUCAGAGAACUCAUUUAGAAAUUGAGUGUCCGUUUGUCUUUUUUAACAAGCAGCAUUGUUCUUUAAAAUCAGUUUUUUAAAAAAACAGAAGUUAAGAGAGAUAGAAAAUACAUCGUAAAAUGUUUAAUAUGAAUUCUAUUCUAAAUAAUAAAAAAGUAAUUGACUCUACUAUUAUCUUCCUUUAAGAUUUUUCUUUAAAUCAGAUUGAAGAAAAUUAAAAUGAUAUUUUAACUGAUUUAUUUUCAGACAGAUUUUAUGAAGAUUCUUCAGUUGAAAAUUAAUUCAGUAUUAAACUUUAAAAUAAUACCAAUGAUAUUCAUGAUGAAAAUGACAUAAACAAUAAACAAGAAAUUAAGCAUCAAAUUAGUAGUGAAGAAGUCAAAAGUUAAUAAAGCUCUAAAAAAUAAUUAGCUUUUCUAAAAAAAAGCAAAAACAAUAAUAUUUUAAAGAAAGAUCCUUUUAGGUCUGAUUAGUUAAAUAUCUCUCCUCACAUCAUGCAUAUGAAUAGCCGGAAAAAUUAUUUUUCUGAAAUCUAAACAUAGAAUAGCUGUUGUGUUUAAAGUAUCUACCAAAUGUUAAAUGAUAAAAUUUCAAGCGAAAAUCAGAAAAACAUGAAUAAUUUAUCAUAGAUUACUCAUAAAAACCUUUUAGCAUAAAAUUCUUAACAAUUAGUUGAAGAAGAGGAACUUAGUUCAUUAAUUUUAAAAGAAAAAAAGUGCAAAAAAUAAGAUAAUUAAAUGAAGAGUGAUAGUAAAUAAGAAUUUUAGGCCUUUUUUACAAAAAAAAUAUCUAAAAUUAAGUCAAGCAAUGUUUUAGAUUAAAAUGAAGAAAAAUUUGAAUGGCUAUUUGAAAAGAUGUAAGACUUUAAAUAUUACUACAUAACUGGAAAUUCUAAAUUUAUAAUUAAAAGGCAUAAUAAAUUUAUUAAAUAAAAUAAAAAAAAGUACUUAAAAAAUGAAAAAAAGCAGUGA